CCGAAAAUUACGUAACACCGGAACUCGUGCUUCAGCCAGUCAGCGACCACGAUACAAGCUGGUGGCUUAUGACAAUACUGAAACAUGGAGGCUGGAAGUCGUGUGUGAAUAUUGAGAGCGAGUAAUGUGGCUGGUUGUAUUUGUAAAACAUCGCGUUUGUUUAUAUGUUGUUAUGUUAUACAUUAAGAAGUUGUAAAAUUAGUCUCCGUGGUUAUAGUAUCUUUUGUGUCAGUGUAAGUGUCCUCUGGGGUAAUUUGCAUCUACUUCUAGUCAUUUUUUAAAAGUAGUGCAAAGGAAAAUUCAGAGUGUAGUUUGCGCAAGGUGUAGCAGCACAGUUUAUGUCUGUUUAAUGUUAAGGUAUUAUAACCUGUGCCUUAUUAGACUAGAAUUACAGUUAAGGAAGUGCGCUGCAUUAAACCUGGAGGACAUAUCCGGAAGACGAGCAGCGUGAAAUUUUGCAUGAACUUUUUUUUUUUAAACCUUCUUUGCCGAAAUUAUUGUGCGAUUAAUAAUUGAAAAACCGUCUGAAUUUGGCGAAAAGAUCGAUGCGUGUCGGGCAGGAUUACUGGGAACACUGCCAUAAUUUGAGUUGCAGCUGUGAAGGGAUCAGUGUCGUUUGAGUCAUUUUGGUUUUCCAGUGAAAAUGCUGCUGUCUCUGGUCGUGCACACUUACUCGUUGCGGUACUGGCUUCCAGCGGCAGUGAUGCUGGGCACCGCUCCUGCUUAUUUGCUGUCCUGGAGCGUCUGGCGGCUGCUGUCCACUGUGCUGCCGUCCAGACUCUAUCACACUGUGGAUGACCGUGUGUAUUCAGUUUAUCAGAGUAUGGUCCUGUUCUUCUUUGAGAACUACACGGGAGUGGAGAUUGUCAUUUAUGGGGACAUACCAAAGAAGAAGGAGAAUGUGGUUUACGUGUCAAACCAUCAAUCAACAGCUGAUUGGAUUAUUGCUGACAUGUUAGCCAUCCGACAAAAUGCACUUGGACACGUGAGAUACGUCCUGAAAGAUGGUCUGAAGUGGCUUCCUUUGUAUGGAUGGUAUUUCUCACAGCAUGGAGGUGUGUAUGUGAAGAGAAGUGCCAACUUUGAUGAGAAAGCCAUGAAAAAGAAAUUAUCAUCUCAGACCAAACUGGGUACACCUUCAUCCAAGCCUGUGUCCUGGAAAAGUCUCACAAGUCUGUCUGUUAUGGCCUGCGCAGUUCGGUCAGCACCAAAUUCAAUCAGUCCAAUGAAGUCUGAGAUGUAUCUUGUCAUCUUUCCAGAGGGAACCCGCUACAACCCUGAGCUCCAGAAAAUUAUCAAUGACAGUCAGGAUUUUGCUGCUAAAGAAGGACUUGCUGUGCUGAAGCACGUUUUAACACCAAGAAUGAAAGCAUCACAUGUUGCCAUUGAGACUAUGAAGGAACACCUGGAUGCUGUCUAUGACAUAACCGUUGCAUAUGAGGGAACACUCACAGCAGACGGCCAGAGACAUCCAGCUCCUACAAUGCCAGAGUUCCUGUGCCAGGAAUGCCCCAGGGUGCACAUCCACUUCAGCCGCUUGAACAUGAGGGAGAUUCCUGCAGAGCCAGUGUUCUUCCGCAGAUGGCUGCAUGAAAGAUUUGAAAUCAAGGACAAGCUUCUGACUACUUUCUAUGAUCCUGAAGAUCCUGAGAAAAAGGGCAGGUUCCCUGGAGAAAGCCAAACAUCAAAUCUUAGUCUUACAAAGACAUUGCCUUCUCUGCUGAUUUUGGGUGGCCUCACUUUGCCAAUGCUGUUUACAGAGUCAGGUAGAAAACUCUAUCUCAAUACCUGGCUCUAUGGGACUCUGAUUGGAUGGGUGUGGGUAAGUGUAAGUCCAUAAACUAGCCAUACUGAGUGGGAAAAAAACAUUCUGACCACUCAUAUCAACAAAGAGACACUUUGGUUUCAUCCUUGGAUUCUUCAUUUCUCACCAUAGUUUAUUUUUGGCUCAUAGUAUACUACUAACCAAGAGGAUUAUUUACUAUUUUUCAUUUGUUUUAAUUUAUACUCAACUGGCAGAAGAGGCUGAAACGCUGUGUCUGCACUGCAAACAAGUAUGAGACGCAAAAAAACUAAAAUGUUCCAGUUGUCAGCAUCCAGUUGUACGCUUGCAGCACUGUAGACAGAUGUGAAGAUUUAUAAUAGGAAUGUUUCAGUUUUGUUGCAUGUCAUCAUUCACUUGCGAUGUAGACCCAAUGUGAGGGUUUCCAUAUGAUCUGAGCUCAAUUGUAAUCUGAAAUGCACAAAUGGAUAACAAUAUGGAACACAGAGACAAUGUUUGGUAUUAAGGUUGUCUAUAUCCAUAGCAGUCUUGAAACAUUUGUCAUUUAACCAUAUCAUUGGCCAUGUGUUUAAAUUUCCGGUAUGCAAGUUUUUUUUGUGUGUGUGGUUCUGAAUAUUCUAAAAUCAGUUGUGUUUACGGGGUCUGUAUUUCAUCAUCCUGAUGUUUUUUUUUUUUUGGGGGGGGGGGGGGAUAUUUGGAGUAUUUUAUUAUUUUAUGCUGAUUUCCAUUAUGUAAUGCAGGUGUUUUUUUUUUUUUUAUUGUUAUGCACUGGGUUUUGAUUGUAUGGGUUUUGACUUGUAUUUUUUACAUUUUUAUUUGAUUUGAUGCCAAGAUCUAAAAAGCCUGUCAGAUAUGGGCUUUUUAUUGUCAGCUUUUGCACUGUUGCUAAAUAUUUCACAGAUAGUUGCCAAACUUGCUGGUUGCAGGAGUAUUAAAGAUUGUUCAGUCAAUA